AUGAAAGGCUUUGGCUUCCUACAUCUUUCGUCUGAGUUGCGGAACCGGAUCUACCGGCUCGCCGCCCGGGAUGCAGAUCAUGGAGUCGAGAAGCGCAUCAGUCGCCGUGAAGGGACGACACCGGUCGACAGCGACUUCUAUCGGUCACGAGGCUAUUAUGGCCUAACACAAACAUGUCGACUGGUCCGCGCCGAGUUCCGUCUUCAACAUCUAAAGGAUCGUGCAAUCUCUGUGCAUAUUCGAGACGCAGAUGACUACCUCGACUCUGUCCUGACGCCGGAGGCUAUUGCAAGCGAAAACAAUGUUGGCUGGUUUUCGAUCCGCGCCGACCGAGAGCGCAGGGAUGAUUAUCCUCGGAAACUGCGCCCUCUUCUCUUGAAGCUGUACAGCGCUGCCAAUCUUCAAUUCCGCUUCACCGAAGGCCAAGGCCCAUCAGUCUUCAACAACACGUUCCUGCGCUAUCAUCUAGAGUGGAAAUAUGCGCUGAUCAACGACAUCAAGCACAUCGAUGCCGAAGAAGCGAGUCAUUGGGGUCUUCGUAUUGUGCUCAAUCCUGCAUCUCAAAUGAAAUGGGUAAAAGACUGUACUCGCGCCUGGUUCCGCAUCCUCCACAUGUCCGAAGAAGCACUCGCGUUCUUUGCAAAGUUGGGCCUCAACCCAGAAUCCGACAUGAUUUUCAUUCGUAGAGGCACCAAGGUACCACGCGACAUGACAUCAUCCGGCAAAGCAGCUAAGCGCAGCCUCAUCGACAGAGCCAAGUCUGGUCGCGGCAGCGAUGCGCAAAGUAUUCACUCCAAGCGGCCUUUGCUUAUACCCGAGUCGCGCUCAAUGUCUUUUGCGACUAGCCUGACUCCAUCUACCAUCAAUCAGGAUACUCAUCAGUAG